CCUGUCCCGCGCCCUCCCAGGUUAUUUUCGUCUGGAAAUCUGUCAUGGGCCAAGCGCCCGCGGCUCCUCUCAGGUCAGGUGAAGGCUGGGGGUGCUGGGCGCGGCGUCGAGCGGUCAGCGCGAGCCGACGUCCACCUCAGGCGCAGUCCAGAUCCGAUUGAGGACCGCGUGGCCGUGAGAGUUCGGGGGGCGCGGACCGGGUAGUGGGUGGGCCGCGCGGGCAGAGCUCCCGGUGAUGCUGGGGGUAGGGAGAGAGUGAGAAAGCCACCGUCCUGCACUGUCGGUCCUGCGGCCCCAGGGAACCGCACUGUCCCAGACCAGCGAAUGCCUGUCCUUCGUGUCCAUGAGACGCAGCUAUGACCCUGCACUGCCCGAGGCCCGGGGCCCGUGGCCUAGAGAGAGAGGCUUUGCAGGGUGGCCACUAGUGCCUGCCCCCCACGCCCUUGCUCAGCCCCUAUUGCCCCAAAGUCCUCCGGUUUCCUCAUACAGCAUCUCCAAGCAGUGGUGCAACCAAAUUAGCUUUAAUACCAAGAACUCCUUAGUUGAGUGAACCUAACAGAUUCUUUCCCAAAAGUUGGUUUAAUGGAGGCCAUAAGGACGUUGGACGCCUAGAGGUUCAGCCCUGACUAGGUCUGAGUUCCAUCAUGGCCCUCUAUUUUGACUACCGAAUAGAAGCCCCAGACUCGGUCGGGUCUCCUUCACACAUCACUUGGCACCCUGUUCAUCCAUUCCUGGCAGUCGCCUCCGUCAACUCAAUCUCGGGAGGCAGUGUGGAUAUAUACCUGGAACAGGGUGAGCACGUGCCUGAUACACAUAUUGAAAGGCCAAUCCGCGUCACUUCCCUGUGCUGGCACCCGAUGCGGCUGAUCCUGGCUGUUGGCUGGGAGACUGGAGAAGUGGUAGUGUUCAGUAAGCAGGACAAGGAGCAGCAUGCGGUGCCCCUGAUGCACUCUGCCGCCAUCGCCAUCCUCGCCUGGAGCACCAAUGGGAAUUGCCUCGUGUCGGGGGAUAGGCUUGGUGUGCUGCUCUUAUGGAGCUUGGACCAAAGGGGUCGAGUACAAGGGACGCCCCUGCUGAGACACGAGUAUGGAAAACACCUAACUCACUGCAUCUUCCGGCUCCCUCCUCCUGGCGAGGACCUCGUUCAGUUGGCAAAGGCGGCGGUCAGUGGUGAUGAGAAAGCCCUGGACAUGUUUAACUGGAGGAAAAGCGGCUUUGGAAAUUUCUUGAAAAUGGGAUCUCAAGAGGGACUGUCAUUCUUUGUCAGCUUGGUGGAUGGGACAGUGCACUACAUGGAUGAGAAAGGCGAGACCACCCGGGUGGCGUCCACAGACAGCUCCAUCCAAAUGCUGUUCUACCUUGAGAAAAGGGAGGCGCUGGUGGUAGUCACGGAGAACCUGCUGCUGUCCCUGUACGUGGUGACUCCCGAGGGUGAAGCGGAGGAAGUGAUGAAGGUAAAGUUGAGUGGGAAAACAGGUCGCCGGGCAGACAUCGCUUUGAUUGAAGGCAGCCUUCUCGUGACCGCCAUAGGGGAAGCAGUCCUCAGAUUCUGGGACUUAGAACGAGGAGAGAAUUAUGUGCUGAGUCCAGAGGAGAAGUUUGGUUUUGAAAAAGGAGAGAAUAUAAACUGUGUUUCUUACUGUCAAGUCAAAGGUCUUCUGGCAGCGGGUACUGAUAAAGGGCGAGUAGCCAUGUGGAGAAAAGUGUCUGGCGCCCAGAGCAGCCAAGGGGCGGAGGGCAAAGACAGGUGGACCCUUCAAACUCCUACUGAACUCAAAGGAAACAUCACACAGAUAAAGUGGGGCUCCAGGAAGAACCUUCUGGCAGUGAACAACAUCAGCUCCGUGGUGAUCCUCAGUGAGCAGGCCAUGUCAUCACACUUCCACCAGCAAGUGGCCGUGGUGCAGAUUUCCCCAAGCUUACUCAGUGUGUCCUUCCUGUCCACGGGCGUGUCGCACAGCCUGCGCACAGACAUGCACAUCAGCGGAGCGUUUGCCACCAAGGAUGCUGUUGCUGUCUGGAAUGGAAAACAGGUGGUGAUCUUUGAGCCUUCUGGAGACACAUUACGAAAUGCAGGUACUUUCCUGUGUGAGUCUCCAGUGUUAGCAAUGCACGAAGAGAGCGUUUAUACAGUGGAGCCAAACCGAGUUCAAGUUCGAACCUGGCAGGGGACUGUGAAACAACUCUUGCUGUUCUCUGAGACAGAGGGGAAUCCGUGCUUCUUUGACAUCUGUGGAAAUUUCCUGGCUGUAGGGACAGAUUUGGCUCACUUUAAAAGUUUUGAUCUUUCCCGAAGAGAGGCGAAAGUGCACUGCAGCUGUAAGAGCCUGGCCGAGCUGGUGCCUGGUGCGGGAGGCAUGGCGUCGCUCCGGUGUAAUGCCAGCGGGAGCAAGAUCAGCAUCCUCCUCAGCAAGGUGUUUAUUUUGCAAUUUCAGUACAAAGGGCAGUUUUUAGGUGCAGUUUUAGGAGACAGACACACAAAGGACCCACGUGCUGGCCCUGGGCGCUCCCCAAGCUCCUCGGCCAUGGCCCUGGGCAGUCAGGCUGACAACAGCCCUGAUUCCAAAAUCUGCUUCUAUGAUGUGGAAAUGGACACGGUGACCAUCUUUGACUUCAAGACAGGACAGAUGGAUCGGAGAGAGACGUUGUCCUUUAACGGGCAGGAGACUAAGAAGAGCCACGCCUUUGCGGAUGAGAGACUGACAAACCUCAUUCCCAUGAGCCAUUUCUGGGAUCAGAGCGAGCCUAGGCUGUUCGUGUGUGAAGCCGUGCGGGAGGUGCCAGGAGCCCAGCUGCCGCUCACAGACAAGAAGCCCCAUGCUGAGGACAGCGCAGGCCCCAUGGCAGACGUGUUGAUUCUGUCCUUCUUCAUUUCUGAAGAGCACGGCUUCUUGCUUCAGGAGAGCUUCCCCCGGCCUCCUGCCUUCCAGACUCUUCUGGGAAUCGAAGUGCCCCAUUACUACUUCAUGAGAAAGCCAGGAGAAGAAGACAGAGAGGACUGGGUGGAUUCAGGGUACUGUGGCAUCCCCCAGAUGGUUGGCCGGAGACCCCUGCGAGAUUUCGUUGGGCUGGAGGACUGCGACAAGCCCACUCGGGAUGCGAUGCUCAAUUUCAGCUUCUUUGUCACCGUUGGAGACAUGGACGAAGCUUUCAAAUCGAUCAAGCUCAUCAAAAGCGAGGCUGUCUGGGAGAACAUGGCGCGCAUGUGCGUGAAGACCCAGCGGCUGGACGUCGCCAAGGUGUGCCUGGGGAACAUGGGCCAUGCACGCGGAGCCCGAGCACUGCGGGAGGCUGAGCAGGAGCCAGAGCUGGAGGCCAGGGUGGCCAUGCUGGCCAUACAGCUAGGCAUGCUGGAGGACGCAGAGCAGCUGUACAAGAAAUGUAAGCGCUAUGACCUCCUGAACAAGCUCUACCAGGCCUCUGACCAGUGGCAGAAAGCCAUGGAAGUCGCCGAGCUCCACGACCGCAUCCACCUGCGCACCACCUACUACAAUUACGCCAAGCACCUGGAGGCCAGCGCCGACUGCAGCCUGGCUCUCAAUUACUACGAGAAGUCAGACACUCACUGCUUCGAGGUGCCCAGGAUGCUCUCAGAGGACCUGCACUCUCUGGAGCUCUACAUCAAUAAGAUGAAGGACGAGACUCUGUGGAGGUGGUGGGCCCAGUACCUGGAGAGCCAAGCAGAGAUGGAGGCUGCACUGCACUACUACGAGCUGGCACGGGACCACUUCUCCCUGGUCCGCAUUUACUGCUUCCAGGGCAACAUUCAGAAGGCCGCUGAAGUAGCCAACGAGACGGGAAACUGGGCUGCGUCGUACCAUCUGGCCCGCCACUACGAGAGCCAGGAGGAGGUGAGGCAGGCGGUGCACUUCUACACGCGGGCGCAGGCCUUCAACAACGCCAUCCGCCUGUGCAAGGAGAACGGCCUGGACGACCAGCUCAUGAACUUGGCCCUGCUGAGCUCUCCCGAGGACAUGAUUGAGGCAGCACGCUACUACGAGGAGAAGGGCGAGCAGAUGGACAGGGCGGUCAUGCUGUACCACAAGGCCGGCCACUUCUCCAAGGCCCUGGAGCUGGCCUUCACCACCCAGCAGUUUGUGGCCCUGCAGCUCAUAGCGGAGGACCUAGACGAGAAGUCGGACCCUGCCUUGCUGGCCCGCUGCUCUGACUUCUUCCUUGAGCACAGUCAGUACGAGAAGGCGGUGGAGCUGCUGUUGGCCGCCAAGAAGUAUCACGAAGCCCUACAGCUCUGCCUGGAGCAGAAUAUGACCAUCACCGAGGAGAUGGCUGAAAAGAUGACCGUGUCCAAGGACUCCAAGGACCUGUCUGAAGAGUCGCGGCGGGAGCUGCUGGAGCAGAUAGCAAACUGCUGCAUGCGCCAGGGCAACUACCACCUGGCGACAAAGAAGUACACGCAGGCUGGGAACAAGCUGAAGGCCAUGAGAGCGCUGCUGAAGUCUGGGGACACGGAGAAAAUCGUGUUCUUCGCGGGCGUCUCGAGGCAAAAGGAAAUCUACAUCAUGGCUGCCAACUACCUGCAGUCCCUGGACUGGCGGAGGGAGCCGGAGGUCAUGAAGAACAUCAUCGGCUUCUACACCAAGGGGCGGGCCCUGGACCUGCUGGCCGGCUUCUACGAUGCCUGUGCCCAGGUGGAGAUCGAUGAAUACCAGAACUACGACAAAGCCCAUGGGGCACUGACGGAAGCCUACAAGUGCCUGUCCAAGGCCAAGGCCAAGAGCCCCCUGGACCAGGAGACCAAGCUGGCCCAGCUGCAGAGCAAGAUGACGCUGGUGAAGCGGUUCAUCCAGGCCCGCAGAACAUACAGCGAGGACCCCAAGGAGUCGGUCAAGCAGUGCGAGCUGCUCCUGGAAGAGCCAGACCUGGACAGCACCAUCCGCCUCGGGGACGUCCACGGCUUCCUGGUGGAGCACUACCUGAAGAUGGAGGAGUUCCAGAUGGCCUACAAGCAUCUGGAGGAGAUGCGGAAGAGAAUGCCCUCUGCCAGCAUGUCGUACUAUGUGAGCCAGCAGACCGUGGACGCCGUGCACCAGGGCCUGGGGAUCCCUCUGACGCGCGUGGUGCCUGAGCGGAUCCGCCACAACAGUGUGGAGGAUCACAAGGAGAUCGACGAGGAGGUGAUGGAGGAGGUGGAGAAUGACCCCUGAUGGCCACAGCCUGCUGCUGCGAAAGCCGUUCUGGAAUUUUCCAUUCACUUGUAGUAGCAAGAGGCUCUCUUGUUGAAAGAACUUUUGUGUUUAAGUACUAGGCAGAGCUAUGGAAAGAUGCAGCCAACCACUGCGGCCCCAGGGGCACUGGCUGCUUGCUUAAAAGGGGACAGUGUGUAUGUAUUUUUGAGCCAUCCUUUCUGCAUUCCUGGCUCCUGUGGAUUUUUGGUUCAGCUCCUUUACUGAGGGAGUUGGUCCAUUUUUCCCAUGACAUUUCCCAAGUAUAGCCUGUAAAGCCUAAGAAAUUUCCAGAACUUCAUGAACUGAGAAUGUUAGUA